AAGCCCUUAUCCUUGAGAAUGGCUUUCCCUAACAAAAACAGAUCUCAUCUCUGAUGACACCAACAGAACCAGACAACUGACGACUUCAAUGCCAUUCAGUUGACUAUUCAGACAGAUAUACCACAGACUGUUGUUAACGACAAACAUCUCUUGUAUUAAUUGGUCCCACAAUUAGUAGUAUUAAUACAUAAUUAUAAUUAUAAUAAAAGACAUGCAUUUCAUCACAAAAUUGGUUCCAAAGACACGAAUUCUGUGUCCAAACUUUGUGUCUUUGCGUUAUUUGUCAUCAAAUGUGAAGACUACAAAACUCUUUAUAAACGGAAAGUUUGUUGAAUCGAAAACCAAUGACUGGAUUGAUGUGAAAAAUCCGGCCACCAAUGAAGUGGUCACUCGGGUACCGAAGAGUACCGAUUCAGAAAUGGAAGCGGCAGUCAAUGCUGCAGACAAUGCAUUUAAGACGUGGUCCAAGACAUCAGUUCUUACGAGACAACAAACUAUGUUUAAAUUGCAAUCACUUAUCAAACAGAAUUUGAAACGAUUGACGGACAGCAUUACCGAAGAACAGGGAAAAACCACAAUCGAUGCCGAAGGAGAUGUCUUCCGUGGCUUACAAGUGGUCGAACACGCCUGUAGUGUGACAUCACUUCUGUUGGGAGAAACACUGCCAUCAAUUGCUAAAGACAUGGACACUAUGUCAUACAGACUGCCAUUAGGAGUUUGCGCCGGCAUAACUCCAUUCAACUUUCCCGCAAUGAUUCCACUUUGGAUGUUCCCCUUAGCUUUGGUUUGUGGCAAUACUUUUGUGUUAAAGCCAUCAGAACGAGAUCCCGGAGCCGCUAUGAUUCUUAUGGAGUUUUUAGAAGAGGCUGGCAUUCCUCCGGGUGUUGUCAAUGUUAUUCAUGGACAGCAUAAAUCUGUAGACUUUAUCUGCGAUAACCCGAAAAUCAAAGCCAUAUCAUUUGUCGGCUCAGAUGUGGCCGGAAAAUACAUAUACAAUAGAGGUUCGGAAAAUGGUAAACGUGUCCAGUCAAAUAUGGGCGCUAAAAAUCACGGAGUGGUUAUGCCGGACGCCAGUAAAGAGCAUGCACUCAAUCAGUUGGCCGGCGCUGCCUUUGGUGCCGCAGGACAGCGCUGUAUGGCUUUGUCUACCGCUAUAUUUGUAGGCGAAUCCAAAGAAUGGGUGAAUGAUUUAGUGGAAAGAGCAAAGAAAUUGAAAGUCAAUGCCGGACACGUGCCUAACACCGAUUUGGGACCAGUUAUCUCUCCAGAAGCCAAACAGAGAAUUUGCUCUCUUAUAGAAAGCGGUGUCAAAGAGGGCGCUAAGUUGGCACUCGACGGGCGUAAUAUUAAAGUUUCCGGUUUUGAAAGCGGAAACUUUGUUGGACCCACUAUUCUGACAAAUGUUAGGCCAGAUAUGAAAUGCUAUAAAGAAGAGAUCUUUGGACCCGUUUUGAUAACACUGAAUGUCGACACUAUAGAUGAAGCCAUUGAUGUAAUAAAUUCUAAUCCAUACGGCAACGGAACAGCUAUUUUUACGACCAACGGUGCAACUGCUAGAAAGUUCACACACGAGACUGAUGUGGGACAGGUUGGAGUCAAUGUUCCCAUUCCAGUGCCGUUACCAAUGUUCUCGUUUACUGGAAGUCGUGGCUCAUUCCUCGGUGACUAUAAUUUCUAUGGAAAAGCUGGUCUAAACUUUUACACCCAACUUAAAACUGUAACUCAAUUGUGGUCACCGGAACACCAUUCAGACAAAGCUGCCACUAAUUUCCCAGUUAUGAAAUAAUUUGUUAAUAUAAAACAAUUCAAUCAUAUAAUUGAUGCCAAAAUUGAUCUGAUUUUUUAUUUUGACAUUUUAUUAUUAUUGAAAUUUAAUAUCUGAAUAAUAUUGAAAUACUAUAUCUUAUUGAAUCAUGUA